UUGGGAAUCUCCACCCAUCUGUAUCCAAUCCCUCGCCAUGCCACCUCCGCCAAUAGAGAACCUAAGGAGGUAUACGCCUCCCCCAGACAACUUUGGACGGGAAAGGAGGGCAGCGGUUCUGGUUCCUCUCAUAAUAGAGCCAAGCAGCGACGAAAUCCAAGUGCUUCUGACUUUGAGGUCCAAAAAUUUGAGAAAGCACGGGGGUGAAGUUGCGCUGCCUGGUGGUAGACAUGAGACGGAUGACGUAGAUUUGCUCGCCACUGCCUUACGCGAAGCCGAAGAAGAAAUUGGUCUUUCACAGGACAGUGUCCAGUGCGUCACAGUGCUCCCGCCUUUCCUCUCGCGAUUCCAUUUACUGGUCACGCCGGUUGUAGGGAUGGUACCGUCUGAUUUUGUCCCCCGUCCAAAUCCUGAAGAAGUGGCUGCAUGUUUCAAAGUACCACUGCGACGAUUUUUGAAAGAUCAGGCGCACCGAUAUCUUGAUGUUCCCUGGGAGGGUGGAAUAUGGCGAAAACACGCUUUCUGGUGGACAGACUCCGUCGGCGAUGAGUACAAGAUUUUUGGAUUGACAGCCGAUAUAAUGAUUCAAGUAGCGGUGUUGGCUUACGAUGCCAAGCCUGAAUUCCAAGUGGAUGCCCCAGGUCAAGCAGAAGCUGAGGAGAUAAUCAAAGCACUUGACGCAAAAGGAAAAUUCGGUCCGCCGAUGGCUAGAAUAUGACCUGAAUUCUGGAUAUCACUCAUGUAUAGGCGGAUACACACAGAGUCACGGCUACUUUAGAGAGACUUUUCUUUUAAGAUAUUAUCAUCUUCAUCCUUUAAUGCGUUCUGGCCUGCACGUAUCUGUGGGAAGCCAUUACUGGCAGUGAGAGCUAGACCCACCAGCAAUGCUAGGUGGCAUCCCAACA